AUGCCAUCAAUAUGCGGUCGGCGCAUUUUAACACAUGUUUACGUCAUGAGGCAGAUUCCCGCAGUCAAACAUGUACGACGAAGGAAGGGCGAGGUAGUAAAGCGCCUUGUUGAAGCUGAACAGACGCUUGCAAUUUUGGCUGUUCCUGCUGAAGGAUACCCAGGCCAUAAUGAUCAAUUCUUUGAGGAUCAUUGGAUUGCGCAGCGAACCCAGCAGCUCGAUGGAAUGACCGACACACAAAAGCAAAAACGGGAGAAGCUUACGAUUUUGUUGGCAAUGGAGGAGCAGCUCGUCAUUGCUCGGGAAGAACUUAGGGACCUUCAAAACAAAACCAGGAGAGCAAGAACUCAAGCAGACAGAAACGAGCUCCUGUCUCUCCCUGGAUCCAUAGUCGAUAUUGAAGGUCAAAUUGAAGCCAUGGCGACGGCCCUGGGAGGCGCGGAGUUUAGAGCUUUGACAGCAGCCACAGGAAAUCAAGCAAAUGCCGCUCUCAGUAUAUCUCUGGCACGUGACAAGUUGUAUGAGAGCAAAGUGGGCCUCGUAGAAUGCAGGCUCCGUCGUCAUCGCGAUACAGACAAGCACAAUAUAAUUCUCGCCAGCAUGGUGAGAAAACACGCAAUCUACGCAACAAGUACAACACCUACGAACGCAGAGUGCUCAAGUUUAGAACCAAUUAUCGACGAGGGCCACGGUUUGAACUCCCAGGGUUUGACGCUGUAA